GACCGCACUCACUACAGAUAAGGACCAGAAGCUUGAGCAGAAGGAGCCGCAUAGACGUAGAAGAGUCCAGGGGAGCGGCGCGUGGAGCGACCUCUGUUCCUCGCGCCGCAGCUGGAGGGGCUCUUGGACGGCCAUGGACCUCAGAGGGAUGCUGCACGUGGAGCCCAUCAGCUUCGGCAUCGACCAAAUCCUCAGCAGCGUGGAGCAGAGCUGCAUGCUGGGCGCGAGGAUGCCCGAACCGGACUACGGACACGGGGCCUACUCGUGCGGCCCAAGCAGCGGGGGGGGCGGCGGCGGCUACACGUACGGCAACAGCGGAUACAAUGGCACCGGUGGCUCGUGCGGGAUGGCCUCCUUUGGCGGGGCUUAUCAAAUGAACGUGGGCGUGAAUUCGAACGCGACUAACGUGAGCUCCGCAGGGGUCAUCCGCGUCCCCGCGCACCGCCCGCUGAGCUGCGGGAACUCCUCCGGGCCCCCGAUGACCGGGAACAUCAACAACCUGACGUCACUGACGUUCCCCUGGAUGGAGAGCAACCGGCGCUACACCAAAGACCGGUUCACAGUGUCCCUCUCCCCCCUCACUGUGACGCGCCGCGUGGGUCACCCCUACCAGAACCGGACGCCGCCAAAGAAGAAGAAGCCCCGGACGUCCUUUACGCGGCUACAGAUCUGCGAGCUAGAGAAACGCUUCCACCGGCAGAAGUACCUGGCGUCGGCGGAGCGGGCCGCUCUCGCUAAAGCACUGAAGAUGACCGACGCCCAGGUCAAAACCUGGUUCCAGAACAGACGCACAAAGUGGAGGCGGCAGACGGCAGAGGAGCGUGAGGCGGAGCGGCAGCAGGCCAACCGGAUCCUCAUGCAGCUGCAGCAGGAAGCCUUCCAGAAGACCAUCAACCAGCCGCUGACCCCGGAUCCGCUAUGCCUGCAGAACAGCUCGCUGUUCGCCCUGCAGAACUUGCAGCCGUGGAGCGAAAACACCGGCAAGAUCAGCAGUGUGUCGGCCUGCGAGUAGAGCCCGCCAAUUGGCCUCUGAGUAGGACAGACCCGAUCAAGGUUAUCGGGUUACCGUUGGGCUCUUUUCACACGGACGCAUGCAGGUGCUACAGUCAACAACAGCUUACUCAGCACCACCCAUCUAAUGGGGUCCACCGUCUGAUCUGGAUCUCUCCAGAGGUCCUACAGCCUGCACAGGGACAUUCUGGGUAGAUAUUCCAGAGGCAUUGUGAUAAACAGUACGCUCCAUAAGAGCAGGAGAAGAAGUCCACAAGAGGACGAGGACGGACGUGCAUAAGUGAGUUGUGUUCCAUAGUUAAGCUUUAAGGGACUCUGUGUUUCAUAAACAGCAUAUUUUCAUAUUGUGUGUACAUCAGCGUGUCUGUGUUUAUCUGCCAUGUUAAUGGACUUUUUUUCACUCAAUUGCAAAAUAACAGAGCACUUGUUUUUAGCACAUUUGUAUAUGAAUUCAAUAUAUGAACUCCAUGAAGAUAAUUCACAGCAGGAUAAAAUAUGGAUUUGACUCCUUUUUCAUCAUUUAGGAAGAUAUUGGCUACAGGCUUCAUAUUUAGAGAUUCUAUCCUAAUUCCAUAGUCAAAGCACAUUUGACCACAGUCGAAUAGCCUACAUUUCACUUUCCUAUUGGACUGUUAUUUUUUUACAAACUGUAUUUUCUUAUGUUGUGUGAAAGCAGAUCUCAGACCUGUGAGCUGAGACCAAACACAAAAAAACACCUGUCUUGUUUGUGAGUUCAUGCUUACAAACAAUGCUGUUCAUACUGACCACAAUAACACAUUUUUUUGGACACUGAAAUUAAUUUAGCUUCACCCUAAAUUCAAAGUCUAUCCAUCAUUUUCGACCGUAUGUUACCUUGAUUUUGUGGAAAAACUUUGUUUUUGAAUAUUUAUUUCCAAGCCACAUAUAUAUUUGGUCCCUCUUGAUUAACUUAAUGGCAUAUAAAUUGUUCCUUGUUCCCACCUUCAAUUUUUCACUCAUGGAUUGUUACCGUGUGACAUUUUUGAUGAUCAAGCACAAAACACAACUAACGUGACGUUAAGUAUUAUCCACAAUAUAAUGACAAUAAGCAACACGUCUCCCUUUUGAAGUUACAACACAAAAAGGACUUAAAACAAAAUAAAACAGCCAAUAGUCAGAACAAACGGGACGCAAAACUAAUUUGAUAUACGGAACAAACCAAGGCGGAAUUUGAGUGAAAUACAAAAUUAAGGGCUGGAUAAGAAGACCUGCAAUAACAUACAAUUUUGCAAAUAAUCAUUAAAACUAUGCUUAAAAGAACAGUGUGGGGCAUUCAGGAUGUAUUGGCAGAGAUGGAAUAUAACAACAAGUGUUUGCAAAUAAGAAUGGUGUUGAUAUUACCUUAAGAAUUAGCCCUUUAUAUUGGCAUAGUGCCGGUCCUCUUCACAGAGUCUGUCCUGUUAGUAAAUCCAAACCCUGGCUCUAGAUGGGGCCUUUGCACCCUUCGGCCUCUGUAGGUCUCCUUUACGAGUCCCUCUGCUGCAUACCAGGCUGCAUACUAACAACCUUUAGCGCCAUUAAAGCCCCUUUAAAGGUCGGUGCAACAACCAAACCCAGGACACUCACCCAGGAGACCUCUGUUUGUGUCCCACAUCACAAGACAGCAUGUUCUUGUAACGCCAGGCACACCGUUACGUCACAGCCUUAAAUGACAUUACACUUGCAUUGUUUCAAGGCACUGCAUUUUUCACAUUUUUAACCCUAAUUGGUUUCGUGGCCUACAACCGUCUCACAACAUUACCCACUUGCUCAACUUAUGGUGUGGUGGUUAGCACUGUCGCCUCACACCAAGAAGGUCCCGGGUUCGACCCAGUGGCCUUUCUGUGUGAAGUCUGCAUGUUCUCCCCGUGUCCAUGUGGAUUCUCUCCGGGUACUCUGGCUUCCUCCCACAGUCCAAGGACAUGCUCUGGGUGUCAGGUUGAUUAGUAACUCUAAAUUGCCCGUAUAGGUAUGUGAGUGUGAAUGGUUGUACGUCUAUGUUAGCCCUGCGAUUGACUGGUGACCAAUCCAAUCCAGGGUGUACCCUGUCUCCCACCCAAAGUUGGCUGGGAUUUGCUCCCCCCUGCGACCCUGUAUGUAGGGUAAGCGGUUUGAAGAUGGAUGGAUGGAUGAAUUCAUAAGGUCCUACUGCAUAAAUAAAGGAUAAAGAAAUA